GGCCCGGGCCCGGGCCCGGGCCCGGGCCUCCCGCCCGCACCCUCCAUCCACCCGCCCGCCCGCCCGAGCUCCAAUCACACCCCGGGGACGGCCCGACAACCAGAUAAACAACACGGAGGUGCAGCACCAAACGGGUUCCGGCGGGAGUCCGCACAAAGGUUCCGGGGGGGGGGGGGGGGAAAGAGGGCAGGCGGUGUCCGUCCGUCCGUCCCCCGGCCUCCCGCCGCCAUGUCGGAUGGAAAGCGCAGCGUGUGUACCCAGACGGAGGCUCCGCCGGGGGGCAGGGAGCGGUACGGAGACGUUUAUAAAUACCUGUCCCGGGGGGCCUACUCCCGGGCCCUGGGCCCCCUGCAGCGGAGGAGCGUCCGGAGACUCGCCGCUAACUUCAGGCUGGAAGGUGGUUGUUUGUACUAUGUGGGGCCAAAGAAGGACGAGAAGAGAGAAGUGGUGGCAGAUCGUGAGAAGCGACGACAGAUAUUCCUGGAAUGCCAUUUCUCUGAUAUUGGCUGCCACUUGGGCCAGAAAAAGACCGUGCACAGAAUUCAAAGCCGAUAUUAUUGGUUGGGGAUUGUAAAGGAUGUUGUUGACUGGAUUAAAAUGUGUGAGACCUGCCAGCAUGCAGAACACUACAAGAACGUGAACCGUAAACUCCCACCCUUCAAAGUUACCAGACCGUGGGAAAUUCUCAGCUUCAAUCUCAUUGGUCCGUUCCCAGAAACCACCUGCGGAAAUACCUAUGUACUGAUGGUUAGUGACUACUUCACAAAGUGGGUUGAAGCAAUUCCAAUACAGAAGAAAGAUGCUUUGUCAGUAGCCAAGGGAUUGGCUGCCACUUUUUACAGGUUUGGGGCUUCAAAAGACAUAUUCUCCAAUGAAAGCAGAGUAUUUUGUGAUGAGGUCAGCAAAAACCUUUUUGAAAGAUGGAACAUUAAUCACAAAGUGACUCCUGCUGAACACUUUCAGCACACUGGACUAGAUGACAGAACCAAUGAAAUAUUAAAAGCAGCAAUUAGAAAUACAGUAAACUCCAAGCAGACGGAAUGGGAUGACUGUUUGGACCCUGUCCUGUUUGAGUUUCGGACAUCAGUAAAUUCAAGUACUAAGUUUACACCUUUCUUUCUACUCUAUAAUAGAGAAGCUCGGCUGUUAUCUGAGGGAAAACUUGAAAUUGCUAACGAGUACAGAUCACCAGAAACUUGUGGCAUCAAAACAGAAAGCAUAGACGAGUUUACUAAUUCUGUGAGUGAGCAGCAAAAUGCAGUUAAAGAAAUGGUGAUUGCUAACAUGGCUGCAGCUCACAAACGGGAAAAGAAGAACGCAAAGAGAAAAGCCAGGAAAGGAACUGGGUUCAUUGCUAGCGAGGAAGUGUUUCCAGGAAACACCAACUCAACAACUAAAAAGCACAAGAAAAGUCACUUUCUUUCUUUCCAAAUUGAAACAACCUUGUCUGCUGAGCACAGUAUGAACGGUGGGAUGGCAUGAAAUGACUUUUCAUUGAUUAUAUCAUAUGACCCAGGAAUUGAAGGACAGAAACUUUACAAAUGGAUCCUCCUUGGAAUGGCAUCUCAACAAUGGCAUAAGGAACAGUGAGAAAUUACAGUACUGAGCCUCGGGGCUGUGCUCAAUGUGCCGAACUGACUAACUGCCACCUGUGAAGUUGACUGUGAAUCAGAUCAAAACAUUUUGCAUUAGAAUUAUUUUAUACACACACAUUAACUGUUAAAAGCAAAAUGUUGCAGAUACUGUUCAUUCAUUAACAGUUUGAUCAUUUGUUCUGACUCUGGUUUACAAUUUGCACCAUGUAAAUAUGUUAUGCUUAAUAAAGUUCACUGUAAAGUUG